ACUACCCCACACUUUGCCGCGGCGAAGCCUCCGUCGGCCUUUGCAAUGCACUACGCAUGCUGGCUCAGACCCAGCUCGUGGACAUAAAUCACGACCCGGCCCUAUUGGUUCCCGGUUUGCCGCGUUCUAGACUUGGCGGAUAGACGGGCCAGAAGGAGCGAGCUCGAAAGCCCUAGAUGCCUGUACACCGCUGUGCAGGUCUGCAGGACGUGCGGGGUACAUAUCCAGGUGAAGUAUUCUUUGUAUAUAACAGACCGGCUCAGGCUGUAACUUACUCUGCACGGCUUUGACCAUGCUCUCUACACCAACAUCGAUUCCUACCAACAGCGCCCUACCCGCCUUCAUACGCUCAUGGCUCCUACGCAUUCACAAACGCAUCUUGCUCUCUUCUGCUACGCUGCCAGAAGCCAUAUCCAAGCUCCACGAUCAACGUCUUCCUCCAGUUCAGCAGCUCCCUGAUGAGAUCAUCCUCGAAAUUCUCGAACACAUGGUUGCUGCAACACAGAGUAGCUCCUCGAUCAUCGCCUCUGCCGAGCUAUCAGCUGCAUCUGUCACACAGAGCCUGGUCCGCCGCCAGACAUUCCUCGCCUGGGUAUGCAGGACUUGCCGCAGCUGGUACUCGGUCGGCACCGAGGUACUCUACAGCUCGCCCCUGCUUACCACGACACGCAAGAUGGAGCUCUUCGAGCGCACGCUUUCCGAUGUACCAUCCCUCUCGCGCUUCGUCAGGGCGAUAUAUGCGCCCAUCCAUGCCGGCUCGACCGCAUCCGACCUUCUCGGCUGGAUCUUCGGCCACCGCAGCCUGACGGUGCAGCAGGAGGAGCUCAGCACCAUACUCCAACACUGCCCCGCCGUGCGCUCCCUCACGAUCCGGCACUGUGUGCGCAAGGGCGGGGUCGCGCGCCUUCCCGUUCAGGACGUCCUGCGCGCCGCACGGCUCUCGGACCGCAUCGAGCACCUGAGUCUGCACGGCUCGACGUUCGAGGCGCGGGCGAACCCGCAGUUCUGCGUCCUCGCCAGCACAGCGUCCGACGUGGUGCUGCCGCAGCUGCGCGUGCUGUGUCUGCGCGGGAUCUACCUCCUGCCGUCACUGCACCUGCCCGUCCUGCCGCGCCUGCACACGCUGCAGCUGGCCGAGAACCGAUACUUUGGUGAAGGCCCGUUCUUCUGUGCGGACCACAUGCCGGCGUUGCGUACGCUUGAGGUCGGCGGGCACCAGGGACUCGAGGCGCAGCUCGGCCUCGACCGCUUGCUCGACGAGAAGUGUCUGGCGCACCUGCAGAGCGUGCGGGUCGUGCAGCACGAGCGGUGCAUGGUCGUCACGCGGGGCCUUCCGCAUGGUGGGCAACUGCGCUCGGUCGAGCUUGGCGUGCUGACGCCGCGGGACCACACCGACGCUGUGUGCUGGUGCAUCCCUGAGUUGCUCGAGAGCUUGACGUUCGUAAUUGGUGGGGAGUCGAAGGCAGACGUUGAGGACUGCUUGGACGCGGUUCUUCGAUGCCUGCGUUUGAACGGGGAAGCGAAGCGGUUGAGGGAGCUUGUGGUUGUACACAGGUUCUCACACGAAGGAGCGGACUCGCACAUGUCGGAGAAUCUGCUCGGCGAGCUGCGAACACUUUGCCAGUGCAGAGGCAUCUCGUUCCGGAUCGAAGCGCUCCGUGAGUCUUCUCCUUGAAUGCAUGUUAGAUUUUCACUGACUUUCCAUCUCAGGUGACGAAGGUCCGUAUGGCGUUGCUCCGCAUGCGCGCCAUGGAUGAGGCUCUGGAGCUCAAGAUGUGGCAGAUCUUAUGACAUGGGUUUUGUGAGAGUCGUCUGACCGAAAUCAUGACUCGAAAUUCCAAUCUGAGAUCUUCCUGCGACAUUGUGGCGCCCACCGAACUUCAUAUUUAUAACCUGUGUUGCAGGAAGUUCAGUCGUGGCGGAUGCUGGAGCAACAGGCUGCCGGCGGAGAACAGCAC